ACACAUUGACGUAUUCAUAGCCUUCGUUCCCGAAAAUGAACUUGCUUGCGUGGAUUUCUCCCAAAGGAAACGGUUACGGCCUCUUGCACGGCGAUGAUGACAGCAAAGGCUCAUCCACGCAUACUUCAACUAGACGCUCGUUCCGGGACUUAUCCCUCAAGACGGCUCUAGUCGGUCUGCUUAUACUUUCCAGCUUUUUUGCAGGCAGGCUUUCGACGAGUGUGCCAAACACUGAAAGAACCAAGACAUUUGGACUCGAGAUGAAAGAUCAGUUAUUCGAGUACAACCGUACUUUUGGAGAGACCCCAUCGGAUGCAACCAAUGCUGCAUGGCGGUCGUUAUUCCCACAACAUGGCGGGUUUUUUGUACAUCCCGAAUUGGCACAGAAACGAUCCGCCUUUUCUGUCUUCCAUCAGUUGCACUGCCUGGACGAACUGCGGCAUGGAUUCUACGUGCUCCACGACCAAGUCUUGUCAUACUCAGAAAUGAUCAGCAGUCAUCAAGUCGGGAAUAGGAGCGACUGGGCAAAGCAGGGGAAGCGCGCACUGCAAGAGCAUUCGCUGGGUCACAUCCGACAUUGCAUCGACUUGUUACGACAAAGUCUGAUGUGUAAUGCUGAUCUGGUAAUAGAGCUGAAGAACGAGGAGUUAGGGGGAGUAACCGGAUUUGGCACGAUGCAUCGCUGCGUCGACUGGCCGGGUCUGUUAGAAUGGAUCCGACCAUACGAGGGGAUAGAUGCUCCACUCACCCCCCAGAAACAUGACCACACAGGUUAAUAUGAGGUCUUGUCCAAACCCGUUCCUCUCAGCAAGUAGCAUAAU